AUGAUGAAGGCAUCUUGGGGGCUCGUCGCUGUGCUCACAGGGCCAGGGGCGACAAGCGGCUACCAUCCAGAUGACCACAGCUGCGGCUGGGUCAACCAACAGGUCCUGUGGCAGCGCCUAAGGCGAACGGCUGAUGACGUGUUGGCAGGCCGAACCACAUGGACGCCUGGCCAGAGCUGGGUCAAAGACAUCGCGCAGGACUUGCACGCCUGCCCCUUUGGCAUCCAUGUGCUCAACCUCAUGGAGUUCGAUGCCCUCGGCCCCCAGGCGGCCAGGAACCUCGACGUGGGCCGCACCCGGGCUAUGGGUUUUGGGCUCUACGGCCUUGUCCCUUUGCUGAAUUUCAUCCUCACUGGCUGGCCAUCUUUUGGAUUCAUGCACCGCCUGUGCUUGAGAAACUUCCCGGAGCAGCACUGCUUGGCCGGAUCCGCUGUGCUGCCGGCUGAGCUGACCUCCUUGGCGCGCAGGCAGCUAGAGACCAACCUGACCGAUGGUGUUGGGGCUGCGGCCGCGCUGGUGCAGCUAGGCCAUCAGCUCGAGGUGGUCAAGGCCUUGUGGGACAAGCGUUGGCGUCAUUCCCCUCGUGCGGACCUUGACGAGACGGUAGCGAUGUUCAGGUUCAUUGGCUUGGAUCACGAGCGCCCGUGCUGCCGCAUGUGGGCAGAGCUGCAGCAACUGCAGAGCUUUGUCCGCUCGCAUUUUGAGCUGCCUUGCCUCAGUGCACAUCGCCGGGUGGACGGAGCUGUGUGUCCCGCUUGUCGGCUGUCUGCGCAAGCGUUCUGGUUUGAGGAUCGUGAGGUGGCAGACCGUGCCCUGCAGCGUUUGCAAGAGGUGGCUCGGCCUGCUGCAGAAUCUCCAAACUGCACGCUGCACUCCAAGGAGGGUGCCUUUGCAAUCGCGACCAUUCUCACUUCGGAGGACCUCUUCCGUAGCAUACGUGUAGAUGGUCAAGGGAAGGAGCAUUCUGGCGGCGACGAUCUCGCAGAUGCCGAGGCCAUUGUACUGUCCUACGUGGAUGCCCUGCGCACCCUGGCGCACUCCAUCCGCAGAUCCGCUGCCCGGGAAAGGCACUCGCCCUGA